UGAAGCGCUGAAGACCGACGCCGACGUCCUCAAACGUCGUGACGAACUUCAAACCUUCCUACUUAGUAGGCUUGUCAAACAGUGUCAUACUGCAGCAUACAUCACAGGUACCUCGGUCACUACAGCCUGAGCCCCGGGUUCAGCGGCACUUGUCGACGAUCGACUCGGAGGAGCGAGGCUGAGAGCGACGAUCCGCGCGAUAAGUUCACAACCAUGCACCGCUCUCAUGAAAUCCCUUUGAAGAUCCAGACGGAAGACGACGACUUCGCAUACACAUUACCUCCACUGACUGAAGAAGACAAAGGGCAGAUCCAGGGCAUGUCGCCAUCGGGCGUUCGCCACUGGGCCCUCUCCAGAAUCUCUCAUGCGGACCGAUACGCCUGCCGUCUUCGCGAGCUCUACAACUCAACAUUGCCCGUGGGUAGCCUUCCACCCGAGGUGCUCCUGAAGGUCUUUGAAUUCCUCCAAAUCCGGGGACUGACUUCGAGGUGGAUGAUCAACAUCGUAGGCGUAUGUCGGCAAUGGCGCGCGACUCUAGUGUCCUCUCCGCUGGCAUGGUCUCUCAUUGAUCUUACUGAUGGGAUCCCCUUCGUACGACUCUGCCUGAUGCGCUCGAAGGACGCGGACAUUCAUGUUAUCCUCCACGACGCGACCUCCCGCUCCGUACGGCCGUCCGCCAUCCAGGCACCUCCGAUCAAGGAUCUCCUCGCCCCACAUUUUCACCGUAUCGCUCAGAUGGAGCUACAGCCAUACUCCAUGAUUUCGCUGCAUAAAGCGUCCCUUCUCUCGAUGCUGGAGGGACCGAUGCCUCGGCUGACAGAGCUGAACUUGUCGUCCGUGUUCGACUUCAGCAGUCCCUUGCACCUUCGUGUCAACUGUGCUCACUUCCCUCGGCUUCGAACCCUGUUUCUCGAUAGUCUAUCCGUUGACUGGGACGGCUUGGUGCUACCAAACCUGACAACACUCAGCCUCAGAUCUCUACCGAGACGUCGCCAGCCCACCCUGGACGCGAUGGUCGACAUACUCGAGGCAGCGCCUUCUCUGCGGAAGUUGACUCUCUUCAGCGCAGGUCCUGUGGUACCAACCACUGACCCGCCACCGACUCGCCGGCCAGUGGAACUCAACUCGCUACGGACACUUGACUUCAACGGCCCUUCCGCUCAGUGCUCCGCUCUUCUUUCGCGGAUUUCGCUCCCAUCCGACGCCCGCAUCAUGCUCGUGGGUAACGCCCUUCACAUGCCCGACGACUCUCCUGUCGUCCCCGCCAGCACGAAGACGUUGGCUGGAAUGCUUCCCGAAGACAUGUACCUCGUUGGACCCUUGCAGACAUUCCGCUCAGUCUGGCUCCAACUCUGGGACGAGUGGUUUGUGGUUCGCGCAGACCCAAAGCGCUCGGACCACAGAAACCCUGCAUUCCGUAUCACGUUCGAGGCGGCCGAGGACCGUUACGACAACUUUCUGCCGAACGCGCUCGCCGAGUUGCCUCUCAUCUUCCACCAGUCUUUGGCCUCACUCACCGUCAUGAGCGGCGGCACGAAUCUGGUGGGCCGCGAACAGUGGGAUCGGUUGCUCGCGUCGUUUCCGCGUCUUCUCGAGCUGCGCAUUGCGUCCAACUUUCCGGUACCCGAGGCGUUCUUCGUCGCCAUGCGAUCAUCAACAAGCCAGUCGCCUGUUUGCCCAGAGCUCAAGACCUUCGCCGUAAGGUGCGACAGAGGAGCCGAGGAGGACGUCGAACAGAUGCUGCGAGCCCUGUAUGGCUGCGUGGAGGAUCGCUUGCGGGGCGGCACAAGACUCUCGGAAUUGAGGAUCGCUACGCCAAUUCGCUCGCCGGCGCUCUGGGAGGGACAUUAUGCUCCCCGUUUCGGCGAACUAGUCGAUAUAGUCAGACAUAACGAUACUCAUUCAUUGGCCAUCGACUUGGUCUAGGAAGAGCCGCAUAUCUAUCUUAUGAAGCAUAUCAUCCUACUCGGAAAUGAAUCACGUCUUCCUGUGUGCUAUACUUACAUGGGCCAUGACUUCGAUCCCGGAGUCUCUCCCGAGUUCGAAUUCUUCGCCGCGAGCUUGUCACGUACAUACUCAUUCGCACUGAUGGCACAGCAUCCGCCGCAGUCUCGGGCUAUUUCCUGGGAGAUAUACGCAUGUAUCGUCGUUGGAGAGUAUUGAUCCCAUUGCCAUACUU